AUGAGUGGUUUUUUUGACUUAACAAACAUACCUGCACCUGAUCUUGACAAGCUCCUUUGCAGCUUUUUCAAAGACCUGAGAAAAAAAGAUGGCAGCGACUACGAGCCGGACACGGUCUCCAGUUUACAAAGGAGCACCGAGCGCCACAUUACUGAGCAAAAACUACUCUUUGACAUCCUCAAAGAUGAUGCUUUCUCCCGUUCAAGGAGCGUCUUGGCCACCAAGAGAAAGAGCUUAGUUAAAGAAGGACGUGGGAACAAACUGAACGCUGUCCGUGAGUUGACGGAUGAAGAAGAAGCGAAGCUCUUUGAAACAGGUGAAUUCGGAAAUCACAAUCCACUGGCAUUGCAGCGCACCCUGUGGUGGUUUUUAUCAAUGCAGUUUGGCUUCAGAGCCAGGGAUGAAAGUAGAAAGUUGUGUUGGGGAGAUAUAGUGCUGGACGUGGACGCCGAGACCGGCCGUGAGGUGCUAGUGUAGACAGCCGAAAGGGAAGCAAAACGCGCCAAGGUCUUGAAGACGGUCAUCAACGUCAAUGCUGUCCUAAAGCGUUUGCCACCGGCACAAAAAGAUGCCCUGUUCUUUAUUACAAGUCGUUUAAGGCCCGCCGUGCGCAGAAAGCUAACAGCCCAGAAUUGCCAUUCUAUGUGGCAGUUAAUCACUAAACCUGGCGCCAAAGCCAAGUUUGGUACAAGAGCUCACCACUCGGCAAGAACGAAAUCGGAAAAUCUAUGUCCACGGCGGCAAAAAAUGCCGGUUUAGCAGCUCAAAAAAAGAAGAUAUCCAAUCAUUCCGUCCGUAAAACGUCAAUUUACCGUCUGCUUGAUGCUGGUGUGCCAGAAAAUUUUGUGAUGCAACUAAGUGGCCUCAAAAAUCUUCAA